AUGGCCGACGAAAACGAAAACAUUGCUACGCGAAAACCACCAAUUUCACCGAGACCAAAAGAAGCAGGCGACAACCCUGAUGUGAGGCCGGUAAAAAAGAAAAAGAAGAAAAAACCUUCAGAUUCUCAGGAAGUAACCGAUGCGGCUGAAGGAGAAGACCCCAAACCUCGACGUCGUCGACGCUCAAAGAGUGCAAGUCGGGACACGGAGGGCGAAGCAAACGAAACGGAGAGUGCGCCAGUAACACCGAAGAAAAAGAAAAGAAAACGUAAAUUAACUGAAGAUGCCGAGGACGGUCAGGGAGAUACAGAAAGAGCUACUGAAGCACAGGAGGAUGUUGCUGGUAGCAAAGCUAGUUUGUUGACAAAUGGCACAGCAGGGGCAACCCCUAGAAAGAAGAAAGGGAAGAAAAAGAAGAAGGCUACUAGUGUGGUUCAACAUGCUGAUGAUGAGUUUGUAGACAACGGUUUGGCGGCUGACCUAGCAUGCAUCAAUGAAGACAUUAUUCAUAGAAGUGAAUUAAAAGAUGAACCUUUACCUCUAACAAACCUUCAGAAUAAACCCAAUUUGAGAAGUGAACCUACACCUAAAGUAUAUAUUGAAAUAAAUAGUGGAUUUAAGAAGGAAAAUAAAUUGCGGUAUGCCAAGCGAAAGGCUGCAGAAGAAGUGGAGAAAGUGAGUGCACCGGAACCGUCACGACAAACAACAAUAGACUUUGCGUUGUCGGCCCACAGAAUCCUCAAGACAUUUUGUUUGUUCCUUCACGGACUGACAGCCGGCAUUGCUGCAUGGCAGAUAGUCAUUGUAUACAUCCUCAGCGCCCAUGAUGACAUUGAUUUCCUUGACCACUAUCAACCAUUAGCACUGCCGGUCCAGUGCAUGUUUUACCUCUUACUCGUCUUCUGUACUGUGUCCGCCUGUGACAGGUGGGACAUUGGGAAUAUGAAUGGGAAGUUUUUCGUCCAGGCUGUCACCCUGCACAACGGUGCUGUGUCUAUUUUGUUAUACCUUGCUGCCAUCAUCCUGAGUGUAACCAUUGUGUCUACAGAGGACCGCAUGUCUCUCUACUUCACCAAUGUAGAUCUGUGGAAUGUUCCAAGUGUAAGAAAAUCGGAAUUGACAACUUGGCGUGCCAUCAACACAGCCCGUGGAGUGCUGGCAGUUCUGGGGUGGUUCAUUCUGUCAAUCACGCCAAAUGCCGAUCGUCUUAGGAAGAAUCUACAGGAAGGAGAUGACGAUGAUGUGAUCUUAGGCAACGAAAUUCAGCUGUCUUCUCCAGCAUAAUCUGUGAUCCCUUACAAUUGUCUGCAGGAGCAGGUCCAGAGGGUGUGUUUUGGGCUGCACAUCGCUCCGAAAAUCAAGUGUUUUUAACAGAAUUAAUACAACUAAUUCUAUCUUUUCAACAUUACCUGUCCUCAAACAAGCCCCUACGGCUAGUAGUCUGGUCUGAACAUCCCAAGCCAAUGAGAUUGCCUAAAUUCUUCUACUGUAUACUCCCUCUAGUUUCGGUCACGUGACUGUAACUUCCUUCUUUUUUCCUUCGCUUUUGGUUCAUUUAAGUACUACGAAAAUCAAGUGUUUUUAACAGAAUUAAUACAAUUAAUUUAUUUAUUUUAAUGGUCUGCACAGUAUUUCUAUGGAAGAUUUUAAUUUUUAGUUCAAUCAACUGGUAGAAAGGUGUCAGAAAGGUGUGCUAGAAAACCCAUUUUACACCUGUCCCUAGAUGGUAAUGUGCCCUUUUUAUCGGUUAAUAGGUCUCAUGAUUCAGGAGAUAGAUGGCCAUUGCUACCUGUUGAAGGAAGGAAGAGACGAAGGAAAUAUUUUAUUUAACGAUGCACUCAACUCAUUUUAUUUGCGGUUAUAUGGUUAAGGACCACAAAUAUUGAAAGAGGAAACACGCUGU